GAGAGACGGACCAAAAGGAAGGCAGUCGAGUCAUGGCGGGGCGAGCGAGAGAGCAAGCUGUGCGGGCUGUGGUGCUGGCUUACGAGGAGCUCAAGAAAGAAUGGGGGAAGAAAAACAGGAACCUGCAGACUUGUGGGAAGUACCUGGCUGACAUAAAGGUGGAACUGACCAAGCUGCAGUUUCUGCCAUCUGUGGGCAAUAAAGUAUCCAAGGAGGAGUUGCUUGUGGCUAGAAACACACUCGAAAUUGGUGCCCUAUGGAGCAUAGCCAACAAGGACAUCCCUUCCUUUGAGCGAUAUGUUGCCAUGCUCAAGAUAUACUACAUGGACUACAGAGAGCAGCUAACAGAAUCACCCUACAUGUAUGAGUUGUUGGGGUUGGACUUGCUGUGCCUGCUGGCCCAGAACAAGGUUGGGGAGUUCCACACCACCUUGGAGCACCUGCCAGCACCUGCCAUCACUGACAAUGUGUACAUCAGACACCCAGUGGCCAUGGAGCAGUACUUGAUGGAGGGAGCGUACAAUAAGAUCUAUUUGGCCAAGGGAGAGGUGCCAGCUGAAGGUUACAAGUUCUUCAUUGAGGAGCUGCUCUCCACCAUCCGGGAGGACAUUGCUGACUGUGUGGAGAAUGCCUACGAUCGCAUCCGCCCUGAGGACAUUGGCAAAAUGCUGUAUCUUUCUAACACCAAGGAGAUCCUUAAAUACUGUGAGACACGCAGCUGGCAGGUUGGUCCAGACGGCUACCUCCACUUCAAGAAGGAGGUGCGUAAGAGUGAAGACGGGAUCCCCUCUCGUGAGCUGGCCCAUCAGAUGAUCAACUAUGCACGAGAGAUGGAACAAAUUGUGUAGGGCUUAGGCAACAAACAUGCAGCACACACACACACACACACACACACACACACACACACACACACACACACACACACACACACACACACACACACACACACACACACACACACACAUACAUGCAAGGACAUGCCUAUAUAUUGAUAAUAAUGCAUACACAAUUGUACACACACACAUACUACUAGGUAAAUGACACCUACACUGUCAAGCACAUACUUUAUAUAUAGUAUGUAUUUAUAUAUAGACAUGAAAUUACAUGUAACAACAGCUCUGUGGACUCAGGAUGAAAAGUAAUUGCAUUGAUGUGUUUCUGUGUCCCCCCUUCAUAAUCAGUGUCAGUGAAGUGGGGUGCUACCUUGCACUCGAGUUCUGCCUUCACUUCCUAGAAUAUUGUAUUCUUCUAAUAUCUAGUUGAGAUUUAUCUUUAAGAAAUACAUUGAGCAGUACCACUAACAUUUAACAACACUUGAAGAAAGGUUUGUGGUGCAGAAUUGCUGUUUUUCAUCUGUUGUGUUGGAGUUUUUGUGUUUCUAGUUACACCUUUGCCAACCUCCAGUUUGUAAUAAAUCCAGAAAAUUUU